GUUUCAAAACCCUUAUACGGCGUUUUGCAACACUGCGAUGCAUUUCAUAAUUAUAAAUUUUCUAAAAACACCUGAUAGAAUAGUUUACGGCAAAAAUAUGAAUUAAACAAUACCAAUAUGAUUGUGAGAAAUUUUUGCAAAUUGACCCAAGUGAUGGGCAGGCUUCGGCUUGUCCCAAAUGCCAGGGAAUACUGUCAAUCAGCGCCGCUGAAGAGAAGCAGCAAAGGCUCAGGAUUUGGAUCGCUUGUCGUCUACGCGGCCGAUCACCAGGUUGCUUGGGCAGUUCCUCCAGCUUCUAACUCUUCUAAUGGAAUGUUUUGGGCAUUUUCUGCUGCCUUUACUUUUAAUCUGUUUGGAGGCGGCGAAGAGAAAGAGGAGACCCCCGAGGACAAGUUGGUUAAGACCAUCAAGCGAUCAAUCCUCUGCAUUCAGCGGGAACAGUACGACAAGGCCGAGCAGAUGCUUCACCUAGCCCUGCGAAUGGCCCAGGAUAUACAGAGCAAAGACGGCAUCACAUAUGUCUUCGACAUAAUGGCCAACCUGGCCAUGGAACGUGAGCAGUUCAAGAAGGCUGAGAAGAUAUUUACGGACGUGAUGAAACGACUUUUUGCCGAUGGUCACACGGAAGAAAGCCCCAAGAUACUUCACAUCAGCUCCAAGAUAGCGCAUAUGUCCCAGCUGCAGGGUGAUCUAGAGAAGAGCUUCCAGGGCUUUACGUGGACACUACAGCAGUUGGCCAAACUUCUGGAAAAAAUGCCUGACGAUAAGGACAUACUGGAACUGUACGGCUUGACAAAGAAUUGGUUUGGACAGCUGCUGAUGAAGCAGGGCAAAUACCUAGAAGCCAAAAACCUUUUCAAGGAAGCUUUCGACACGCUCAUCGAUGUUUACGGCGCCGUAAAUGACGCCUCUAUAACCAUUCUCAAUAACAUUAGUGUGGCGUAUGUGAACCUAGAGAAGUACACUGAGGCCAGAGAGACCCUUCUGGAGGCAAUGGAACUGGCCAAAGAGUUAAAGGAUGCCACACAAGAGGGCAUUUUGCAGGCCAAUCUGGGUCUGGUGUAUCUGCGCGAAGGCCUAAUGAUGCAAGCAGAGAACGCCUGCCGUCUGGCGUGGAAACUGGGCAAACAGCACAAGAAUCCCGAUGCCAUCGAGCAGGCCGAGUAUUGCCUUAAUGAAAUCAAGACGACCCUUAAUGGGGAUAAGCGUUAGUGAGGUCUCUUUUACAGUGUAUUUUUUUUGACUAUUUAUACAAAUUUGAUUUCGAAGUAAAGCGCAAAUUUUGAAGGCUUAAAAA